CCGUGCUAUUCUAAACUUUGACGUUGGGAAAAUCAUCGUUUUGGCAAAUGAUACAGCAAUAUAUAACACGAAAAGAAGAAGGUAUAUUCAGAUAUUUAGUUAAUAAGGAAACAAUGUUGCGAAAGAAACACAAAUGCACUUUGAAUAUAGGUUCGGACAGCAUGAUAUCCAAGAAGCUGUCCAAGCCGAUGCGGCUGCUACUGAAGUUGUUCGUGCCGUCUCCCCUACACCCGGAGAUUUACGAAUACUUCCGAAGCUACCCGGCCAUGGUGGCUGAACGGCAACGGCAGCAGUAUGAGAAGUACACCUACAUCAUCCAUCCUCUUAGUUUGUUCAGCUUCAUAUGGGGCAGUCUGAUGAUCCCAGUUCGCCUGAUGCACAUCUUCGCGUCUCAUUUCCGACUGACCAUGAACGUGCCACCCUACCCCCUUCAGUUCAAGUUGGUGGUCACCGACUACAUAAUACUGGGCCUGGAUGUAUUCUGCCUGUUAAAUAUUCUGGUCAGGUUCAACAUGGGCUACGUGGGCUUCGAGCAUAGUAUGGUCUUGGAUAGAAAAAGCAUCACGAGACAUUACAUCCGUAGCUGGUUCUUCAUUGAUUUGUUUACAAGUCUGCCGUUCGCCUUCUUCUUAAUCUACUACAAAUUGCAUAACAGCCAGCUGCUUCUGGCGGCUCAUAUCACAGCCAUGUUGAAGAUUACCCAUAUCUGCACAAUCUUACGAGAUUUGAGGAGAUUCACGAAGCUGUUUGUGAACUCAUACAUCUGGCAGGGCGUGAUCCGGCAGGCCACGUUGUUCGUAGUUAUCACCCACGUCUGCUGCUGCUACCUGUACCUCUGUCCCAUCUUGUUCCUCUACUGGAACGGUUAUUACGAGAGAGGCUACACACACUUCCUGGGUUUGCCUGAUAAUAAGAAAUUGUAUUUAGUAUCGGAACCCGGUCGAUACAGAGCUGGUAUUUACAUUUGCCUAUCCUCACUUUUUGGUGCAAGCUACCACACAAUGUUCCCACUGGAGUGGCCGGAUGAGAUCGCUGUAAUCUCCAGCAUCAUAGUCUUCACAAGUCUCUUCAUGAUCUACAAUUUGGUUUUCUUCAUGAAAGUAUAUUUUACGUGUUUCGACUCCACCAUGAGGUACUACGAGCUGAUGAACGAAGUAGAGGCGUACAUGAGACAGAAGCAGUUUCCCAGCCCGCUGAAGCGACGCGUGAUCGCCUUUUACAACUACACCUUCCACGAGGUCUACUUCCGAGAAGAUAACGCCCUUCACUACUUGUCUGAGCAACUUCGUAACGAGAUAACCCUCCAAACCUGCCACAAGCUGGUGAAUAAAGUGGGCCUCUUCAACGGUCUGCCGGCCCCGGUGGUGGGCGAGAUCCUGGGCCGCCUGCAUCCAGAGGUUUACCUACCCAACGAUUUGGUGGUGCGUGCACCCGACAUCGGUACCUGCAUGUACUUCAUAGCCAAUGGUUGUGUGGCGGUCUACUCCCUCAAAGGCGUCGAGGUAUGUCACUUGGAAGACGGGGCUCACUUCGGCGAAGUCGCGCUCAUCAUGAAGGACAGGAAACGAGUCGCUUCCGUCGUAGCUGUGGAGAUCACGCAGGUCUACCGUCUGGAUGAGGCUGACUUCAGGCAUUUUGUGAUGUCGUCCACAAUCCUAUACGAACGCGUGGAGUCUCUGGCGUCCAAGCGCAUGCACGAGACAGUCCUGUUGGAUGAGAAGUACCGCCGGGAGCAAGAGAAGAAGAACACGAGCAUGGACAACGACCAGGAGGGAGCACCUCUGCCAAUACACGACAACAAUGCUAAAAAAGUACGGUCUACAUUUCAUAACUGGUUUAGUAAGAAAUAAGAUUUUUUAAAGACAUUUUGCAAUGGCUAGUUACCGUCGAUAUAUUAUGGUGAGUGUAUAUCUGUUCCGUUGAAGAAUAGACGUCUGUAUCCUCUUUAGAAUGUUGUACAAGAGAUAGGCUACAAUAACAUUCCGACGGUUGACGUCAAGCAGUUGGCCGGUUUUAAAAUCACAGCCAGAUCUUAACAGCGUAGAUACAGCAAUUUUAAGUUACCGAAUAUGGCAAAACAGCCAUUUGGACUAUUUUUAUGCAUUAUUUAGAGCACUGUUUGGUUCAUAUUAUUUAAGCAUUAUAAGUAAGAUAUAAUAUGUACCUAGAGUUAGUUUUGUUUAGAUCCUUUAUUUUUGUUGUUGUUGUGAGUGAAGAGGAAUAAGAAUUGAUUCGUUAUGAAAUUAUCCUUUUAAGUUGUUUGCCCUUUUUUGUUAAGAUUAAUAAAUAUUUAGUGCAUA